AUGUCAGCGACCGAAAGCCGAGCAAGCAGCUCGCAUGCUUCACGAAUGUCAGCAGAGUCGUCAGCUCCCUCGUCGACACGACAGCCCCCCGCCUCGCCCGCUCUACAACCUGCUGCAGGCCAGCGGACUCCUCUUAAUCUCGUAAAUACACCUUCGUCGCACCCUGCCGCUGACCCCGAAUCUUCACCCGAGUUAUCGCCUACCGAGACCGACUCCACACGGGACUCGACCUCGUUCUCUCCUCAGCGCAUCAAGGUCCGCGACCUGAAACAUAUCCAGACCUUGGCAGAUAACGACAUGCACCCCUUCGCAGAAGAUGGUAACAAGGUUGGUGAUCAAGGUCCGCAAUACGAGAUCAGCGGCAUGCCUAUUGAGAACAUCAUCGAGAUGGUCGCUGGCCUCUUGACCAAGAUCACCGCCACAAACGAUAGGCAACACCAACACCUCCAUCGCCAGAUGACUCCGCCUGAGGGCGGCUCGUCUUCUAGUAGAUUGCAAUCAAACAGCGUGCUGGCCUUCCACGGAAAGAACGUGCCCAGCAUAACAAUCCUAAGCUAUCUUCUUCGCAUCAACAAGUAUUGCCCUACAAGCUACGAGGUCUUUCUCAGCCUUCUGGUCUACUUUGAUCGUAUGAUGGAAAAAGUAAACGCAGGCGCCAUGCAUAAUCUCCGAGAGAUGGACAAGCACGAGCGAGCUGUAGCUUCUGAGCAAGAGCUCAGACCUUCUGCUUCUACACAGUCUAUGGAAGGUGUCGCGCGUACUAGUCACAAUUAUGCGCAAACAGCAACGCCUCCCCUAUCUGGGGAGCUUGAGACCCAGAGCCAGGGAGCUGUACCUGGCACUCCUCAUAGCAAAGCACGUCAGCCGGAUUCUCCUGCUGCAUCCGCCCUGGACGCAGACACACUCGACCUAUCCCACCUUUUCGUCGUUGACAGCUUCAACAUCCAUAGGUUGGUCAUUGCAGGGGUUACUUGCGCCAGCAAAUUCUUCUCAGAUAUCUUUUACACAAACUCACGUUACGCCAAGGUUGGCGGUCUCCCACUCCCCGAGCUCAACCACCUUGAACUACAAUUUUUACUACUCAACGACUUCCGUCUAUCCGUCCCUGUCGAAGAAAUCGAAGCCUACGGAACCACACUAGUCGAGUUCUACGCCAGAGAGGUUUUGGCUCAGAAGCAAGAGCAAGCCGAAUGA